AUGUGGUGGAAGGUGGCCACUUCCUGGCUCGCUGUGCUUGCGGGUACAGCAUUUGCUAUCAGAUUCUACAGUCCCGAUCUCUUCAACAAAUUGACCGGGCACAUAUUCGCACGCGCACAACCGUCACCGGUCGUCGCAGAGCCACCUGCCAAACGCCAGAAGGCGAAGCGGACGCUUGCAAAUCGACUCGAGUCUAGCAACAGUGGCGUCUCCACCCCCACUCUAAGUGCCACUGAGGGCAAAGUCAACAAGAAGAGGAAGCUCAUUUCUCCGCCGGUCGAGAACCAGGUUGUCGCUAGAACCAACGAAGGCCGACAAGUGACCUUGCUAAGAGAUGAGGAUGACGAUAUGAGCAAUAAGGAGUUCGCUCAGCAGCUCGCCAGAGCACAAGCUGGAACCAAACUUGAGCCCGCCAAUACUCAGGGCCAGACCAAGAAAGAGCGUCGUGCUGCUGGAACGCCGGUUCAGGGCAAGCCAAACGGCCCGGUAGCUUCAGGGCGGUCCACAGACACUUCCUCCGCCACUGGGCGUGAUGGAGACGACGAUGUCUCUCCUAUCGGAUCCCCUUCGACCGGGGCCGUGUCUACUGCGCCUACUUCUCGGGCGGGUGACGUGUCGGAUAUGCUGGAAGCGCCCGCCGCCAAACCUGGCGUUUUGAGAUUGACCGAUGUGAAGGACAGCGGUUCAAAGCCACCAGCCAAGUCAUCUCAGUCCUUCCAACCUGCGUUGACUAAGAAGCAAAGACAAAGACAAGCGAAAGCGGCCGAGCAGAAGAGUAUAAGGGAGGAAUCUGAUCGUUUGCAUGAGCAGAAGAAACAAGCGCAACUACGAGCAGCGAGACUAGCUGAAGGAAGCUCCAACCAGACCAAGGCAGAUGCCUUCACGUCAAAGCAGAAUGCCUGGCAGUCGAGCAAGCCGGCGGCCGAGAAGCUGGCACAAACCUCUCGCGACGAGGAGGUAGGACCACUGCUCGACACGUUCGAGAAGCCUGUAGGACCAACUUUCACAGUGCAUGGUGCCGUCACAGCAGAACCACUGUCGGAUAUCACAAAUGCUGUUCCAGGUACAGCCAAUGUCAAUACGGUGAGGAAGGAGAUCGGCGUUGACAAGACAAACGCACUCGCGCCCUCCGACCGUGAGAAGGUCCACAGACCUACCUUGGGAAGCCAAUCUAGUUGGGCGGACGAAGUGAACGAGGAGGAACAGGACAACUGGGCGACUGAGCUUGCACAAGAGGAAAAGUGGGAAUCCGUCACCACCAAGAAAGGGAAGAAGAAGGGCAAGAAAGAAAAUGGCGACACAAGCAGUGAGGCCAGCUUUUCCAUCACAAAGCCAUUGACAAAUGGCCGAUCAGCUGUCAAUGGUCACCAGGCGAGCGAUGUGAAAACACCGCAAGCAGAGACCUCGAACCGGUUUCAAUCCAUCGAGGCAAUCACAGACCCGGCUUUCACGGACGCCGAAUGGGAGGCUUGA